GAGCCUCUCAAAGCCCAGCAUCUCCAUGAAUCCUGCUGGUGAGGUUACCUGGGGUCAGGACGUCAGCAUCACUUGUUCCAUCUCAACUCAGCAUUUAGGUGGAACAUUCCUCCUGCAGCAGACCUCAGGCUCAUUCAGAAAGACCCAAACAUCAAGUACCAACUCUGCUACCUUCAUUAUACCUAAAGUGAACUUUGAUAACGAAGGAUCGUACCAGUGUCAGUAUCAGACAAGUGUUUCCAGUCGAGACUUCAGCUCCCCUUUAAGUGACUCUGUCAGACUCUCUGUUACUGUGAGACUUCCAAAGCCCAGCAUCUCCAUGAAUCCUGCUGGUGAGGUUACCUGGGGUGAGAACGUCAGCGUCACUUGUUCAAUCUCAACUCAGCAUUUAGGUGGAACAUUCCUCCUGAUGAAAACCUCCAGCUCCUUCAGAACAACCCAAACAUCAAGGACCAACUCUGCUACCUUCAGCAUCUUGCAAGUUGAUUUUGCCAACGCAGGAUCGUACCAGUGUCAAUAUCAGACAAGUGUUUCAAGACGAGACUUCAGCUCCCCUUUAAGUGACUCUGUCAGACUCUCUGUUACUGUGAGACUGCAGCCGCCCAGCAUCUCCCUGACGUCUCCUAACAGAGGUUCAGAGGUCACCAGGGGUGACAGCUUUGUCUUCACCUGCUCCACUUCCUCCCACUAUCCCACUGGUGUUUUCUUCCUCAUCUUCUCUGGCUCCAACAUCACUGACCCCAAGCCAGCAGUCAACCACUCAGCCUCCUUUAACUUCCCUGCUGCUGAGUACGAACACCAGGGCAACUACAGCUGUGUGUAUGAAGUCACAUGGUCUACACGGAAAUACACUUCUCCCAUGGCUGCACCAGUUAGUGUCCUCAUCAAAAUGCCUUUGUUGCCGCUGGUCUCCUCAGUAGCAGGUGGGGGUCUGCUGCUGCUCCUGCUGGUCUUGGUGGUGGUCUGUCUGGUUGUCAGGAGAAGACGGCGAGCCAAGCAGCCUGGAAACAUCUUCCAAACUCAAUUGUCUGUCAGAGGCAGUAACAAUUAUGAAUAUGACGAGGAUUAUGAUGACGAGGAGGAGGACUAUGUGAAUGUUGACCCAGUAUACACCAAGGGGAAACUCAAAGAGGAAGCAGGGAGAGGGGAAAAAGAGGAGAGUGAUGAAGAUCAUGAUUAUGAGGAAGCUGGCCCCGAUGCAAAUUAUGUAAAGGCCACAGCGGUCUGUUUCCAUGUGAAGGACAACAGAGAAGAAGAACAAGCAGAAGAAAAAGAAGAAGAAAGCGGUGAUGAUGAUCAUGAUUAUGAGUCACCAGAGAGUGAUGAAUAUCAUGAUUAUGAGGAAGCGGGCCCCGAUGUGAAUUCUCUAAAGGCCACAGUGUUCUGUUUCUGUGUAAAGGACAACAGAGAAGAAGAACAACAAGCAGAAGAAGAAGAAAGCAGUGAUGAUGAAGAUGACUAUGUAAAUGUAACCCAGCCAUUUGUUGAACAAACAGUGGACAUUUAUGGGGAAAAUGAGGAUUUAAAUAUGGCAUAAUGUAAAUGUAGGAAUAGAACACCUAAAGGAUCAGUCAGUUGGUUUCUAGAUUCUUAGGUUUGGCAUUUACCUACAUUAACUACCAUCCACUGCUAUAGAUCUAAUUUGUUUAUAAUAUUUUAAUAAAUUAGAUGAGUCAAAAAACAACUAUCCCUUUGGUUUUUGAUAUGACAAUCUGUAACUUCCUAGUGUUGCCAAGUUAUUGUAGGUGUGGCCUGUUAAAUAAACUCUGUGCAAAGCACAUU